AUGCAGAGGAAGACGCUUGCAACGAGACGAGAUUUAACGCACCGUGAAGAUGGAGAUGAUCAAAGAGAGCGUGAGCAUAAGGAUGUUAAUGAAGAUGGAGUUGCAGAUGAUGGUGGUGAUAACGAAGAAGACGAAGUAGAAGAAAGUCGAGUACUAGAGGGAGAAGACCAUGGAUUGAAGAAAAUUGUGAAGAUUUAUCUCAAGUAUUUGGAGAUAUCACCAGAGAAGAAGAGAAUGAUACCUGAUCCAUUGUAUUCCGACGAAGACGAAGAGGAGGUAGAGCGCAGAGAGUUGUUUUCAAAUAGUAACGACAGUGAAGAGCUUUUGGCAUUGGGAAAGACAUUUGGGUGUGCAGCAGAUUUUAAGUUGGCUUUGUUAAGAUAUUCUCUGAAGACUCGUUACGUUAUUAAACUCUACAAGUCAACAACAAUGAAAGUGGGAGCGAAAUGCUCUGAUAUUGAGUCGAAUUGCCCUUGGAGGAUUUACUGUUCUUAUGAACGAUGGAGGCACAAGAUGCAAGUGAAGGUGUAUGUUAAUCAGCAUAAUUGUAUGAGAUCGGGCUACUCGAAGAUGCUUAAGGUAUCAACAAUUGCUUUUCUGUUUGCGGAGAGGUUAAGGAUCAAUAGGAAGUUUACAAAGAAGGAGAUAGCUGAUGAGAUCAAGAGAGAGUACAAUUUAAUUGUCACAGAGGAGCAAUGCGCAAAAGCAAAGUCUAAACUUUUCCGAGAAAGAAAAACAAGCCAUGAAGCUCACUUCUCACGUAUAUGGGAUUAUGAAGCUGAGAUACGAAAGUCCAAUCCAUAUACAAACAUGGUGAUAAAGAUUAUUCAUGGUGCUACUCCAGGAAGCAAGCAAAGGUUUGAUAGGUUAUAUGUAUGUUUCGCAGCUCAAAGGGAAUCUUGGAUAGAAUCAUGUAGGCCUAUCAUAGGGUUAGAUGGGGCGUUCUUGAAGUGGGAUAUUAAAGGACAUCUACUAGCUGCUGUAGGAAGAGAUGAGGACAACAGGAUUGUGUCAAUUGCUUGGGCUGUUGUAGAAAUUGAAAACAAUGUGAAUUGGGAAUGGUUUGUCAAGCUUCUGAAAGCGGAUUUACGACUACAAGAAGGGGGAACAACAACCAUAAUAUCCGACAAGAAAAAGGGGUUUGUGAAUGCUGUCAAGAAAGAGCUUCCUGAAGCAGAACACCUCAUGCGUUCCAGACACAUCCUUGCAAACUGGAAGAGAGACAAUAAAGAUCCUGAAUUGGAGAGGAUAUUUUGGAGAAUAGCAGGCAGCUACACUACAGGAGAUUUUGAAGAGCAUAUGCGAGCUCUACAGAUUUACUGUGAAGGAUCAAAUUGCAAUGACAACCUCAACAACCUUAGUGAAUCCUUCAAUAAGACUAUUAGGGAAGCACGGAAAAAGCCAUUGCUAGAUAUGUUAGAGGAUAUAAGAAGGCAAUGCAUGGUUCGUAAUGCCAAAAGAGCUCUCCUUGCUUCACGGGUUAAGACUAAGUUCACAAAGAAAGUACAUUUGGAGGUUGAGAAUACUAAAGAGAAGGCAAAGGAUUGCAUUCGAUACAUGGCAUGUGGAAAUGUUCAUGAGAUUGAUGAUGGAGGGACUGCUUAUAGUGUUGAUAUGGAUUUGAAAACAUGUGGAUGUCUCAAGUGGCAGCUUAGAGGCAUUCUGUGUAUUCAUGCCUCUUGUGUCAUCACUGCAAAAAAGUUAAAGAUGGAAGAUUUUGUGUCCAAGUUUUACACCAGUGACAUGUGGAGAGUAACCUACUCUAGGGGUAUUAGGCCGGUUCAAGGAAUGAAACUAUGGCCUAGGAUGAAUAGGUUACCCGUGUUGCCACCGCCAUAUAGACUAGGUAAUCGUGGCAGACCAAGCAACUAUGAUAGGCGAAAAGGAGCAAAUGGAUCUUCCUCAAACCAAAAGACAAAGCUUGGACGAGAGAGGCGUUUGAUGACAUGUUCCAAUUUCUUAGACACAGGCCACAACAAAACCACAUGUGUAAAUCCGACAGCUGAAAGGGAACCAAAGAGGCCAAGGGGACGGCCAAGGCUUCAAUAUGCGUUCUUCUAG